AAUUCAUCAGACGGAAAGGAAUGUGCAAGAUGGCGCGAACCGAAUGUAACCGAAUCAAACCGGAAAGAUCCGAUUCGCUGUAAUUCCUCCUUGCUCCCCUGAGCUCUCGUACCCCCUGACCCAGUUGACAGUAAGCAUAAUGUUCCGCUACAUUCAGUUACAGUUUUAGGACCGUCGCGAUAGCACGUCAUUACCCUCUCCUAUCUCAUUUAAGAGUGUAAUCGCGCGAUGAUACGCGCUGAUGCAGUCCGUCCACUUUAGGUCCAUGAAUUGUGCUUUGUUAUGCUCGAAUCGUUCCACCUUAUAGUCUGUUUUUCUCAGCUUCUCCGAUACAUUCCUCGAUGCGGAUGACGUGAAAUUACCAAAGUAUCUUGACAUACUCUCGAAUGCUGAAUAAAAACUGAGAUUCGUCGGCACCUUCUCGAUAUCGUGAUUACGUAUGACGAAAUUUACGGUCGAUUUUUAAUUCUUUGUGUGAAAAUCAGUGGAGAGUCGCUGUUCCGUCAUCUGUACUUCCGUCACAGCUGACGAGCAUUGUUAUCGCAAGCUGCUACGAUAAUGCGAUUGACAGAGAUGGGUUUCAACGAGCUUAUAUAUUGGUACCAAAAGAAGAUUGGUACAUAUGAUAAGCAGCAAUGGGAAAGAACUAUAGAGCAGCAUAUUCUUGGUGGACUCACACAUGUUCCCAUGAGAACAGCAAAACUUAAGACAGAACUAAUUGAUGUUGAUCUCGUUCGUGGAUCUUCAUUUCCAAAGGCCAAACCGAAACAUGGCUUGUCAACAGUAGCUUGCCUAGCAUUUCAACGACUCUUGUUUCUUCCAUUGUACAAAAAGUGGUGGAUACAGCAAACAAGUUAUCGUAUCUUCGUGCUUUUCUUAUUACUGUACAGCUUACAAGUGAUCAAUAUCUUCCUGUAUUACAUUUAUGCGAACAGGGAUAGCGAGGCAGAAAUUGUCUCAAUGUCGGAAGUAUUAAUACCUAUUAUUAUGAUGUUUAUUUUAUGCACUGUUCAUUCCCACAUUGUGUCAACACAUUCUGGUCCUACAAUGACAUCUAAUCAAUCUAGGCAACGAAUAACAAGACGUUCUCGACAUGUCAGAGGCAGAAACGGAAAGUCAAGACCUAGACUUAAUUUGCGUAUACAUAAAGACACAAAGUCUUCUCAAGAUAUGGCUUCUGACAAGUCAAGUUUGGGAAAUGAAGAAGUACUUACUGCAGUAAGAUUUGCCAAGAAAGUAAUGAUUGAGAAUUCUUUGUCUGGCAACCAGCCACAGGAACCUGUCACAAUGGAAGCCAGUGCUCAAAUAGUAUAUGAUAAAGAGUCAAUAAGUACAACAGCAGAAAAUUCCAAUUCCACAAAUGAAACCUCAGCUAGUCGCGAACAACCGGGUGCUAUGCCAGAAGAACACGUAGCAAAUAUACAUCAGGAUGACGAUGGCUUUGAAAGUUUAAACGGUAAUGUUUCUAGUGAUAAUGAUAAAGUGAUGGGGCGUGCAAUGGUGCAAAGAAACAGAUCACGAGAAAGAAUAGCACGUCAAGCUGAAAACCACAACCGUAUGUCGUGGUUGGAAGAUGGUGCUAGUCAGCAAAUCCCACUCCCACCAAAGCACUCAGCACCCGAUCCAUUAAAAAAAGAUGGCAAUUUUACGGAUAGCACAAGUGAUAUUCAUAACGAUGUAAGUAAAGACGUGCCAUCGAAGAUACUGGGAUUGAGAGAGGGGCGGCAGCAAUGCGAAAGCGAAGAAGAAGGCGAGUGCGAGGAGGCUACGACGCAUCAUCUUACUGAAGCAACGACAUCUGCUACAGAAUGGAUGGGAGUUACGACCAACAGCGACGAGUGCAGUUACAGCUCAGAACUCGGCGAGUCUGACGUGCACAGCGAGACCAAUCUCAAUUACAGUGAAUUCGUGGAGCACCCUUUCUCCUGGGAAUUCGAGCUACCGCCGUCGAUAUUACUUAAUUCUACUUGCACAUCCUCCGAUCGCGUUUCGUGCACCAUCUGGACGCGGCGUGACAUCAAAAAGGCCGAAUUGUCGGUGUUGGAUAUUAGUUCAUCGAUUAUCGCUAGAGUCGAGUCAAUGCCGGAAAGUAUGAAUUACUUUUAUGGCGGUUUGGUACUGAGCGUCGCGCUAUGUCUAAUACCGUCGAUAAAACGACUGAGCGAUCACAUAGGCUCGGAUAACGUAAGCAAUGUGUCCGUCAGUCUAUUGCCGAGUGAUAUGAUUCAGGUGAAUCUCGAAACGUAUACCGACAUCUUGUGCAGGGUGAUUGGUGUAGCGUUCGGAAGCACUUUUUGGGAACGGGCAGUGGUGCUUAUUUCAACGUUCGAGCGAUUCGUGCUGUCGUGUUUCUUAUUUUUCCUGCUGGCGGUGGCGGAGCGCACGUAUAAACAGAGACUCCUGUACGCGAAAUUGUUUUCUCAUUUGACGUCAUCCAGACGCGCGCGGAAGUCUGACUUGCCGCAUUUCCGGCUGAACAAAGUUCGCAACAUAAAGACGUGGCUGAGCGUUAGAUCCUACCUGAAACGGAGAGGUCCGCAACGAUCCGUAGAUGUGAUCGUGUCGGCGGUAUUUAUUGUUACAAUAUUGCUAUUGUCAUUCGUCAGUCUGGAAUUAAUUAAAGAUCUCGAAACUUUGCACUCACGGUACAACGUCGAGGCUUUAUUUUGGAGCUUCUCGCUUGGUAUAUUCAUUUUACGAUUUAUGACGCUAGGAACAAAGAUUAAUAAGAAAUACAGGAAUCUGUCAGUUUUAAUAACUGAACAGAUUAAUUUGUACUUGCAAAUUGAACAAAAGCCACAUAAGAAGGAAGAGCUUAUGGUUGCGAAUAGUGUAUUGAAAUUAGCGGCUGAUUUAAUAAAGGAAUUGGAGAGUCCAUUUAAAAUCUCGGGUCUUUCAGCUAAUCCGUAUCUAUACACCAUUACUAAAGUAGUAUUGCUGUCAGCACUCUCAGGAAUACUUUCAGAGCUACUUGGAUUUAAACUUAAAUUACAUAAAAUAAAGAUCAAGUAAAGCUCCAGUAAUCUACGAGAUGCAGCGCGUAUCAGAAGUCUCGUGCUUUCUAGUUUCAGAUUUUUUACUAAAUUGGAACUAUAUUUUCUCAGCGAAAAUUGGUUCAUAUUAUAACUUAGUUAGCAGUAAUAAUUUAAAUUUAAUGUUAAUUACAAUAAAAUAGUUGUUCAACACGAUAAACUUUACAACUAUAUAUAUAUAUAUAUAAAUAUAUAUAGAGAGAGAGAGAGAGAGAUUACGUAGAAAUCACUGAUAAACAUUCUAUUGAUUUGAUUUCAAUCUAAAUCAUAACAGUCGAUAAAAGAACUUUGCUUAUC